CGCCAUAGAUGCCUCUUCAUUUUUAUUUCAGACUUUGUUAGAGGAGGAAGAAGCCCUUUCGUGGUUUUACUUCUCGACCCAACUUUGCGAUUCGAUUUUGACUUGAAGUCAAAAAUCUCCGAACGACUCUCGCUUGCUUUAGAGUGAGCUAGAAAUAACAUCCAAGCUUUAAAAAGAAGAGUGAGGCACGACCUAACGGAAUUUCUCUGGAUUAUCCGAUUUCAAAAUACCGUCGCCAUUAAAAAAAAAACCGUUACGGAAUUUUUGAAUUUGUCGUUGCGUCGUUCCUUUUUUCUUUUGCAGCGGUGGAAGCGGUACUUGUUUAAUUAACUGCGUAAAGGGAAUUCAAUUUUAUCAUUAUAUUGAUAAAAAAAAUAACUUUUGACAAACCGCAGUUUUCUUGUUAUUUUUGAGUUUAUUCGGCUAUCCUUUUGCUGUGUAAGGAAGCUUUGUCAGAUCCAAAGUUAACAUAAUUUCGUUUAAAUUAAGUUUAAAUUUAAGUAAGGGAUAUAUUCUACAAGGAAAUAUCUUUGGAACAAACUAUUAUUUUUUUGGUUUCGGAAGUUAGUAAUAUCAUCUGAUCCGCUGUUUCACUUUGACAAAAAGGGAAAAAAAUAACAAAACAGAAAAAAACAAAAAAACAAAAAAGCAAACAAACAAACAAGAACAAGAAUCGACCGAAGAUGCCUGCUGUUCUCUCCACCGUCGCUAAGGGCGUUCGGAAAGUGCUAGACAAGUACCCCGUGACGCGAGGCAUGGUGGCCUACGCGGUGCUGUGGCCGGCGGGAAACCUCGUGCAGCAGGGCCUCGACGGCUCCAGAACCAGCUUCGACCUGUGGGAGGCCCUGAGGUACGGGCUCUACGGCUCCUGCAUCAACGCCCCGCUCCUCUACAGGUGGAUCAAGACCGUGACUUUCCUCAUUCCGGGAAAUUCGCUGAGACACGCCAUUGCCAAGGGCUAUGUGGACCAGCUGGUGUUUGCUCCCUUCAAUAUCUCGCAAUUCUUCCUGGGGAUGUCCCUUCUUGAGGGCAAGGCGGUGGACGAGAGCAUCUGCGAAUGGCAAGACAAAAUGCUGCCGACUUGGCUGGUGAGCCUCUCCAUCUGGCCGAUCCUCCAGACGCUCAACUUCAGCCUGGUGCCCGAGAAGAACCGCGUCAUGGCCAUCUCCCUCGGCUCCUUCUUCUGGAUGGUGUUCCUCUCCUACGUGCACCACACCCGCGCCGAGGACCUGCCCGCCGAGCUCACCACACGCCGCGUCCACUACGACUACAAGCACGGGCCGCGAGAGGCCAUCGAGACGUGGGUGGCGGCGGCCGCGAUCUCCUCGAACGCGGCCGGUUAG